UGGGUAGGAAGUGGCUGGGAAGGGAAUGGGGGUGUUGAAUUUGGAUUUUGGAGGGGUCACUGGUGGACGGGGUGCAUUGUGUGGCUUUUGAGAUGCUGAGGACAUCUAGGUUUUCGGAACCAAGUGGGUUUCACUAGAGGGCUGAGGAAUGACCGGGUACACGGACUUGAUGUCAAUGGAGGAUCAGGACGCCAGGGUUCCAGCUCUGGAACCAUUCAGGGUGGAGCAGGCACCACCUGUAAUCUACUAUGUCCCUGACUUCGUCUCCAAGGAAGAGGAGGAGUAUUUGCUUCGACAGGUCUUCAAUGCCCCAAAACCAAAGUGGACCCAGCUCUCCGGGAGGAAGUUACAGAACUGGGGUGGGCUCCCCCAUCCCCGGGGGAUGGUUCCUGAGCGGCUGCCGCCGUGGCUCCAGCGUUACGUGGACAAAGUAUCUGACCUCAGCCUUUUUGGGGGUCUCCCAGCCAACCACGUCCUUGUGAACCAGUAUCUGCCUGGGGAGGGCAUCAUGCCCCACGAGGAUGGGCCACUGUACUACCCGACUGUCAGCACCAUCAGCUUGGGCUCCCACACCAUGCUGGACCUCUACGAGCCUCGGCAGCCAGAGGAUGAUGACCCUACAGAGCAGACCCGGCCCCCGCCCCGGCCGGCCACCUCGCUGUUGCUUGAACCGCGCAGCCUGCUGGUGCUCCGUGGCACCGCCUACACGCGCCUCCUCCACGGCAUCGCAGCCGCCAGCGUAGACGCGCUCGACGCCGCCUCCCUGCCGCGCAACGCAGCCGCCUGCCCCUCGGCGCAGGCUGGAGCCCGCCUGGUCCGCGGCACCCGCGUCUCGCUGACCAUCCGCCGCGUACCUCGCGUGCUGCGCGCUGGCCUCCUGCUCAGCAAGUGACGCCAGGACCCAGGACC